AUGGAGGCGCUAGCUGCUGCGCUGGAGUCAGCGGAGCUGGCUGCUGCUCCGUGGUGUCUUAUCGAUGGGCGAGGGCCCCUUCUCGUUAAAGCAGCUCUGCUGCAGGGGCCCCCAUCAGAGGCUGAAGCUCCAAGCAGCAGCAGCAGCAGCAGCGGCAGCAGCAGCAGCAGCAGCAGCAGCUGCAGCAGCAGCAGCAGCAGCAGCGGCUGCAAUCCUUGCUGUGUUCUGCUGCUAACAAACUGCUGCGAAUGCUUCUUAGCAAGCCUUACUGAAGAAGAAGCCACAGCAACGGCAAAGAAAAUGAAUGGAGAAUUCCAGCUGCUUCCAAGGGCACUUCUAAGGCAGAUCUUCUUGCUGCUUCAGAAGCCAACUCCAAGCACCAAAAUUUACAUUCAGGGAGCAGCUGUGCAUGCGCUGCUGCCAGGCGUGGCAGCAGCAGCAGCAGCAAGCAAAGCAGCAGCAGCAGCAGCAGCAGCAAACGCAGCAGCAAACGCCGCAGUUGCAGCACUAGGGGGAGCCGCACCAGCGGAAGCAGUAGCAGCAGCAGCAGCAGCAAAAGGGGCCGCAGCAGCAGCGCCCAGAUCCAUAGCAGCAUCAGCCGCAGCAGCAAGUGCAGCAGCAGCAGCAGCAGCAGCAGCAGCAAAUUCAUUUUUGACUGUUCAUUACCUAGAGGGCAAUUUUCUCCCACUUACUUUUUGCUUCCCGCUGCAGCGACUCCCUGCUGCUGCUGCUCAGCCGCUGCUGCUACUGCUGCUGCACGCGCCGUUGCUGCUGCUGCCGUUGCAGCAGCAGCAGCAGCAGCAGCAGCAGCAGCCCACGGGGCAGCCAAAGGCUGCCCUGCAGCAGCUCGUCUCCAGCCUAAAGGUCAGAGUGCCGCACUUUGAAGCUGCUGCUGCUGCUGCAGCUGCAGCAGUGACUGCCGCAGCAGCAGCUCCUGCUGCAGCGGAUACUCCUCGUAACGGCGGAGCCGAGACAGCAGCAGCAGCAGCAGCAGCAACUGCAGCAGCAGCAGCAGCAACUGCAGCAGCAGCAGACGCAGACUUUCUUUGCAUCCCUGAGCCCCAGUGGGCUGAGAGCAGUGCUGCAGCAUUGACUGCUGCAGGGCUCCUGCUGCGUCCGCAAACCUUCAGCAGCAGCAGCAGCAGCACGAGCAGCAGCAGCAACAGCACGAGCAGAAGCAGCAGCAGCAGCAGCAGCAGCAGCAGCAGCAACACGGAGUGGCGCCCUCCUCUUUUGUCGCCCACAAAGUGUUCUCCACUGAAGUUUAAACGGGGGUCUCCCCUCAGUGCAGUUAGAAUAGUCAAGGCCAAAACAGAGAACCUUCGAGGCCCCUGUCACCCCGCAGGCAUAGAGACUAGCUGCAGCAGCAGCGACAGCAGCAGCAACAGCAGCAGCAACAGCAGCAGCGACAGCAGCAGCAACAGCAGCAGCAACAGCAGCAGCAACAGCAGCAGCGACAGAAGUGUUUCGCCAGCAGUGGCUGCUUCUGCCAUUUCUUGGCAGCAGCAGCUGGAGCAGCAGCUGCAGCAGCAGCAACAGCUUCAACAUCUUCAGCAGCAACAGAAACAGCAGCAGCAGCAGCAGCAGCGAAGGCAGCAGACCCCUCUCGAGCCUCAACAGCAGCAGCAGCAGCAGCAGCAACAGCAGCAGCAGCAGCAGCAGCAGCACAACGCUUACCAGCACCGCCAUCACCGCCGCUCCUUCCCACGAUAUUCCCCCACCCCCCUCACCAGCACCAGCAGCAGCAGCAGCAGCAGCAGCAGCAGCAGCAGCAGCAGCAGCAGCAGCAGCAGCAGCAGCAGCAGCAGCGUGUAG